AUGGACGCGACCAGGCCCCGCGGCCGGCCGUCGCUCACGUCGCGCCGCUCGCAGCUGUCGCGCCGCAGCAGGAGCUCCGAGCAGGAGGCGCAGGCGGACGACACCCGGCCGUCGGCCACGUCUUCCUCCUCCGCUGCGGAGGACGCGCGGCUGCUGGCAGACCACCGCCGACAGCUGGAGGCGAUCGCGGCCAAGCCGGCCUUCGCCGCCGCCUGCGCCACCGUCGAGCGCGUGCUGGCCAGCAACGUCUUCCGUGCCCAGCAGAAGAUCUUCAAGGGCCUGACGGAGGCGGACGCAGAGGGCGGCGGCCCGCGCUUCCGCUACCACGUGCGGCCGCUGUGGGUGUUCGAGUGCGAGCGCGCGAGCGGGCGCAGCGUGUCGGCGCUGUGCUGGAGCGCGGCUUGCGGCGACCUGCUGGCCGCGGCCUACGGCAAGUUCCACUACGGCGGCGGCGGCGGCCGGGGGCGCGGCCGCGGCGCCGUCUGUGUGUGGUGCGUCAAGAACCCCGCCGAGCCGGAGCGCGCCUACGGCUUCGGCGCGGAGGUGUCGUCGCUGCGCUUCUGCCCGGCGGCGCCCAACCUGCUGGCCGUCGGCUUCUACGACGGCGCCGUCGCCCUGGUGGACGUGUCGGCCGGCGGCGUCGCCUGCAGGGUGGUGGCGCGCGGCGCGGCGCCGGUGAGGGCCCCCGUCUGGCACGUCGAGUGGCUGCCGCGCCCAGACGCCGAGGAGGGCGAGGAUCUGCUCGCCGCCGACCAGGAGGGCCGCAUCUCCAGGUUCGCUCUCGCCGCUAGCGAGGCUCUGCUGUUCCAACAGCGCGGCGCCGUUGACAGGUACCGGCGCAACGGCGCGCGGCUGGAGCAGACGCAGGUGAUGCGCGUGCCUUGGCCAGAGGGCGCCGUGGGCGGCGUCGCGCCUCCCCCAGGCGCGCGGGCGCCGCGACGCCCGGGCGGGGAACCCCCGCCGCCUGGGGAGCCGGUGUCGUGCUUCGCGGCGGCGCUGGUGCUGGCUCUGCGGCCGGACGGCGCGGGCGACUACCUGGUGGGCACCGACGCGGGCUGCGUGCACGUCUGCUCCACGCGCAGCCUGCACCGACACCUCGACCACUUCCGCGCGCACCGCGGGCCCGUCUACUCCCUGCAGUACUCGCCCUUCUGUCCGCAGGUGCUGCUGACGGCGGGCGGGGACGGGUGCGUGCGCGUGUGGCGGCAGGGCGCGUGGCAGGCGCUGGCCACGCUGCGGCACGGCGCGCCGCUGCAGGCGGCCUGCUGGUCUCCGUCGCACGCCACGCUGCUGGCCACCGCCGCCGCGCCCGCCCUCUUCCUGUGGGACCUGCGCCGCGCCGCGCCCAGCCCCGCCUCCGCCACGGCCGCCGGCCUCUGCACGCAGCUGCUCUUCACGCCGUCGGGCCGCGGGCUCGUCGCCGGCGACGCCGCGGGCCGCGUGCACGUGCUCGCCCUCGAGGACGCGCCCUUCCCGCCCUUCUUCCAGGCCGACGCCCUCGUGGACGCCCUGCGCGCCGCCGUCCUCACCAGGCCGCAGCUGGCGCGCCAACUGCGAGAACUCGGGCCCCCCUUCGGAUGA